AACAAGAAUACUAAGAAACUAUCAUCUCCUUUACCAGAUAUUGAAUCAGUAUUAAGGAGAGUUGCUUCCAAGAAGUAUAAAUCACUCAUUGAUGGCAAAGAUGCAUAUGAACAGAUUAGAAUAAUCCCUGAGCAUGUAAACAGAUUGAUAUUCAACACUCUGGAUGGAACAAUGGUUAGUGAAGUAAUACAAUUAGGUGAUUGUAAUAGUAGAGCCACCUAUCAAGCAUUAAUGAACCACAUUUUCCAGCCUUACUUGGGUGACUGGAUGGAUAUCUACCUA